AUGCCUAUCGACAAGAACCCCACCAUCGAGAACAUCAAGAAUGUCAUCUCGACAUGCGCCUUGAUCUUCUCCGUCGUGAUGAUUAUGGGUUUGAUUUUCUCGGAGCAAACCGGUUUGGCCCAAGACGUCCACCCCAUCCUUGCUCUCGUCUGUCUUUGGACUGCUGUGAUCUGGCUCUCCUUUGUCGAAGGAGGACAAGCUUCUUUGGUUGGUUUGGCCCCUGUUGACCGCACUCUUUACGAAGAAAGCCACACCAUCGCCGCCAAGUGUUGCAAAAUUGCCCACACUGGAGACUCCCUUGACCGCUACCUUCUCGGACGUCAAUUCAUGGUUGUCUUCAUUGUCUUUACCAUCAAUAUUUCCGGAGGACCAGUUGCCGAUGCCGAGCUUUGGGGACUUCCCGAUAUCCUCAUCACCAUCUUUUUGGGAACCGGUCUCGCCAUGAUUCUCUUCACCACAAUGAUUGGACAGUUAAACUCUCAGGUCAAUGCUUCCCAUUGCAUGCUUGACUACCUCAACACCUACCCCAACUACUUCACCUUGUGUGUUGCCAUGGGAAUUGAAUUCUCCGGAUUGGUGCAUGCUUCCUAUGUCAUCCAGAUGCUUGUCGCCGCUGCCGCUGGAGAAGAAAUCGAGUCGAACGAAGCAAACAAGUCUCCUCUACAGAACUUGUUCUUCUUCUCUCGAUGCAUCAUGUCUAUCGGUGUCUUGGCCUUUGCCUUCACUGUUACCUUGGUUGCUCUCUUCGAUGGACGCACCACCAUGUGGGAGUCUGUGCCACCCGGAGUUGCCGUCAUCCUUUUCUUCCUGCUCAUGUGUGUUGUCGGACUUCUCGAGGGUAUGCAAAUUGCAUUCUUUGCUGUCGCCAAGCUCCGCCCCGAAGAUCGUGGAGAAUCCCCAUGGGCCAAGCGCACCUGUGCUCUUCUUUUCCGCGGUAACGGAUUCAAUCUUUCUGGUUUCAUGAUUGGACGUCAGCUCUGUGUUGUCUCCUGUAUGUUCUUCAUUGCCCGUGUCACUUCUCUUGACAUCGAUCCCGAAGGCGGAGACACUCUUUGGGGAGUCAAGCCCGGUACCCAGAAGUUCUUGAACAUGGGUUUCCUUGGAGCUCUCAUCACUACCAUUGUCGCUUCCAUCGCCUGGCAAUUGGUUGCUUCUGCUUUCCCCAUUGCCUUCCUCUCCAACCCCUUCACCUACAUCUUCCUCCGCAUCUGUUUGUUCUUGGAAGCCACUGGUAUCUGUAACGGAGCCUAUGUCAUUGCCAUGAUCCACAAGCACUUCGCUGGAUUCCAACGUGAUGAGGUCUACAUUGGUACCGCCGAGGAACGUGCCGAGAAGGCAAAGCGCGAUAACUACACCAACCUUCAUCUUGGUACUGGACACAUUGUCAAGCUUCCUGGAUUCCAAGACGAUGCUCCUGCUCGCCUUAAGCACUUGUUGAAGACUGAUGAAUCUGUCCGCCAAUACUUGAACUCUGCCCUCGCUGACAUGAAGGAUGGAAAGGUUGACAACACUGAUCUCCACCUUGACUCUGACUCCGAAGGCGGACGCGGCAACAAGGCUGUCGAAGAAACUGAAGAGGUUGAUGUCUAAACAAAUGGACUCCCUCCUUCUUGGUGACCACUAUCUGAAGUAGCUUGGUCCCAUUAUUAUGUGUACAAGCCUCCUCGCCCGCUCCGAAUCCAUCUCCGAAGACAGGGUUGACAGGGUUGACAAAGAUCUAGGCAUUUUCUUACGAAAACAUAAAACUAUAGUGCAGUUCUU